GUUGGCUGCUGCAUGCAGAUGCGUCAUAUGAUCUGGUGAAUGACUAUGGAAAUCGAAAUGCGAUUGUGGGGAAAUUCCAGAAGGUCUUGCAAGAUCAGCGCAAAUUGGUGAUGGCGUUGAAGUCUUUUUCCUUCUGGAGCGGCAUAGUAAUUCCAUGGAUCACCAUCAUCGCAACCGGCUUCUACAUCGCUGCGGCAGGAAAGCUCGUGACUGAAGGUGAACUGUCCAUGGGAUCUUUCUUGGCAACGAUCACCUUGUACAAAGAUCUGGGUGACCGAUUCGAUGGGAUCUAUGCCGACUUUGAGGCCUUGUCUGAAGUCAUAGAUCCAUUGUCGGUCCUUACUGUGCAGUUCAACCUGGAAACAGAUUUGCCACAGCGAAUGGAAGCACACGAAGCACACGAGCAGUACCUUGCGCGACGCCUGUCCGAACUUCCACCUACUUCUGCUUCUCUGUCGGAAAGUGCUUACGACACAGUGCCCAUCUUCCUCACAGAUGUGGUGAUCCGCAAAACAGAGCCGCCAACACCCGGAGUCCUGGAUCCGCACAGGCGAGACGUUGACCUUGCGGAAUACCCCACUGCUCCAAGAGUCAGCGAGCCUUUGUCAGCCUGUGUGGAGCAAGGCAGCUUGAUCUGCUUGACGGGGCCGGCGUCCUGUGGAAAGGCCAGCCUCCUCUCCCUGAUCACAAAGGAUUGUCUUCCUGCAUCGGGCGAGAUCGGAAUACCUCCUCAUUUACGACUUGUCCGGGUUUCUCGGGAGCCUUCCUUCGUGAAGUCCAUGGGCCUGUAUGCCAACUUGGUGUUCGGCGUCCUGUCUUCGGAGGGCGGUCACACCUAUACAAACCAUGAGAGGGUCGGCAACAUUCUGCGGCGCCUCUCCUUGCAUCAUUCCUGGAUCUUCCAUGCAGUGAUGCAGGACUGUCUCCGAGAAGAGGAGGAGCUGAGUCCGGAGUACCACGAGCACGCGGACGAGGAGGACAUCUUCCAGGAGAUGGAAAGAUGCAUGAGGGAGCACGAGGAGCAAGUCACGGCUCAGGCUUCAACUCUCGAGCUGUCGGAGGUCGAAUCGGAGCAGGACCACCUUCGGUACUGGUACGAUUGCAUGAGCCGGAGCGAAGCCAAGCGCCUACACUUGGCGAGGGCAUUUAUUGCCAGCCCAGAGGUGCUAAUCAUGCACGCGCCGUUCGACGAUCUGGAUGAGGGACUGGCGCAGGACGUGCUAAAGCUGAUGAGGGACUUCGUGGAUGAGCGAGGGGUGGCCCUGGACCCUGCCACCAAGCACUGCCGCCGGAAACGGAGCGUGUUCUUCUCUGCGAAGGAUACAGCCAUGUGCAGGCAAGUUGCGGAUUUCACGUGCACUCUAGGUCACGACACCGUUGCCCUCAAGCUAGAACCCAAGCAUGGCGAGUCAGAUGGCGGCCCCAGCUGGCUCUGGACAUGCGGCCAGGGUGGCUGA